UCCGUGCAGUGAAGAUGGCGGAAGCUACCCCGCGGCCCUGCCGGUUCUUCUGUCACCGGUGCUCGGAAGAAAUCAGCCCUCGGCUCCCGGAUUACAUCUGUCCGCGGUGUGAGUCUGGCUUUAUCGAGGAGUUACCUGAAGAGGGCAGUUCAGAGAAUGGGUCCACAUCUACAGCCUCUAAUGAUCAGAAUCGUCCAUCGUUUGAGAAUGUGGACCAGCACUUGUUUACAUUCCCACAUGGAUAUGGUCAGUUUGCUUUGGGGAUCUUUGACGAGGGCUUCGACUUCAGGGCCGGUUUGCCAGCAGAAGAUAACCGUGACGCAGAGAACCGCAGAGAACGGGAGAUGGCGUCUCGACAGCGGUACGGGGCCAGACAGCCACGAGGACGACACGUGCCUCGGAGACAAGGACAGCGGCAUGAGGGAGUACCUACUUUAGAAGGAAUCAUUCAGCAGUUAGUUAAUGGAAUUAUUGCUCCAACAGCAAUGCCAAACAUGGCGAUGGGGCCUUGGGGGAUGCUGCACUCAAACCCAAUGGACUAUGCGUGGGGUGCCAACGGAUUAGAUGCCAUCAUAACACAGUUAUUAAAUCAGUUUGAAAAUACGGGUCCUCCUCCAGCAGACAAAGACAAGAUUAAAAGUCUCCCUACAGUCCAGAUAAAACAGGAGCACGUGGGUGCAGGUCUGGAGUGUCCCGUGUGUAAAGAAGACUACAGCGCAGGAGAAAACGUCAGACAACUUCCUUGCAAUCAUCUCUUUCAUAACGACUGUAUAGUUCCCUGGCUCGAGCAGCACGACACGUGUCCAGUGUGCAGGAAGAGUUUGAGCGGUCAGAACACAGCCACGGAUCCUCCAGGCCUGUCAGGGAUGAAUUUCUCUCCAUCGUCCUCCUCCUCUUCCUCCUCCAGCUCUCCAAGCAAUGAGAACGCCACUAAUAACUCAUAAGAGCUCAGUCCACGUCCAGAACACAUCAUCAUCAUCUUCAUCAUCAUCGUUAGCUCAGCUCACAGCGCCCGCACCAGAACCCUGAAAACACGGCGCUGGACUGAUGGAGAACUGAGCCAGCACAUACUUACACACACACACACACACACACACACACCUGACCAGCUCCGAGAGCAUGCCAAACACGCACAUAUACACACACACACACACUUCUAACACUUCAGACCCCGCCUCCUUUCUUUAUUUUAAAGCACUGAACUCCAGAGCCAUGGGUUCUCAAGGUUUCAGCUCACACCUGUCCACAUCACAUGCUUUUAAUCAGCAGAAAGGAGGAGGAAAAUGCUGAGAGGAAGAGAGAGAUGAAGAACAAGAAAAGAUGCAGACACACACACACAGCUGAACUGCAUUUUUACAAGCAGACUGUGUGUCUCUGGAGAGCGACGUGCUCGUGAAGAACCUUUUUCUUUUUUAGCAUUUGGAUUUUAUUUGACUGAUGAAAGUGGCUGAUAUGUGGACCUGCGUAUGGCUGAUUUCACAAACCCGACACAUUUGAACCCAAAAAUCUUAAGAUGGUUUUAGCAAUUAUUUUCAUUAUGAUAAUACAACAAAAAUCUGACUCAUUACCAUAAUGCCACAAAAUCUGAUUCAUUACUGUAAUGCAACAAUCUGACUCAUUACCGUAAUGCAACAAAAAUCUGGCUCAUUACCGUAAUGCAACAAAAAUCUGGCUCAUUACCGUAAUGCAACAAAAAUCUGGCUCAUUACCGUAAUGCAACAAAAAUCUGGCUCAUUACCGUAAUGUACAAAAUCUGACUCAUUACCGUAAUGCAACAAAAUCUGACUCAUUACCGCAAUGCAACAAUCUGGCUCAUUACCGUAACGCAACAAAAUCUGACACAUUACCGUAAUGCAACAAAAAUCUGACUCAUUACUGUAAUGCAACAAAAAUCUGACUCAUUACCGUAAUGCAACAAAAUCUGGCUUAUUACCGCAAUGCAACAAAAUCUGACUCAUUACAGUAAUGCAAGAAUCUGACUCAUUACCAUAAUGCAACAAUCUGACUCAUUACCGUAAUGCAACAAUCUGACUCAUUAUCGUAAUUCUACAAAAUCUGACUCAUAACCGCAAUGCAACAAAUAUCUGACUUAUUACCGUAAGGCAACAAAAUCUGACUCAUUACCGUAAUGCAACAAAAUCUGACUCAUUACCGUAAUGCAACAAAUCUGACUCAUUAC